AAAAAAAUAAUGAAUGACACCGCAAGUGCGCUGGUUGAAAAUGAGUCAGAAGAAAUACCGCAGCAGGCGCCCCCCGAGGACAAGCCCCAAAAGCCUUUAAACAUGUCCCCAGGUGCUGUUAAAUUGCGUAGUUGGCUCAACAAGUCCCUCAGAAUCCAGAUGUUUGAUGGCCGUGUCUUAGUCGGUGUCUUUCUGUGCACUGACAGAGACGCCAAUGUAAUUUUAGGUUCUUGUACUGAAUAUUUACCAGCUGAGGAUAACGGUGAUGGUACAAUUGAGGAACCAAGGAUGCUGGGUUUGGUAAUGGUACCAGGCAAACAUAUACAGAGCGUCGCAAUUAAUCUAAAUCAGCACAAUGCAGGCGAAUUAAGUGCCCCCUUAACUAAAGACAUUAACCCAGAGGAAGUUACAUAGAGUUGUACCUUUGCAGUGCUUUAUUUAUUGUGUAAUACAAAAAAUGCGUUAUGUGCAAGUGAAUAAAUGAAAUAUUAGCAAAAAUAAAUAUAAUAUAAUCUGUUUUUUACGCUAUAAACAGGCAAUGUCAUGAUAAACUCUUCGUUUCUCGAAUAUUUUAACACCAUCUGUUGAUUUGUUUGGGAUUCUGAAAUAAAAAAACGUGUUACUGA